AUGGGGGAGGUUUGCACCUUUUUGGCUCAUUCAACCAGAGCCUUAGCCACCUCCUGGGUGGAGCGGGCCGGGGCCACUCCAGAACAAAUCUGCCAUGCUACCACCUGGUAUAACUACCGCACCUUCUGUCGACAUUAUCGGUUGGGCCUCCUCUCAGCUCAGGAUCAAGCUUUUGGGACAAAGGUGUUCUCUACGGCUGCAGAUGGACAGACACAAGUGGAAAUUAAAGUAUGCCAAGGAGAGCGAGAAAUGGCCAGUGACAACAAACUUCUUGGACAGUUUACAUUGGUUGGAAUUCCUCCGGCACCUCGUGGGGUACCUCAAAUAGAAGUUACAUUUGACAUUGAUGCCAAUGGAAUUGUUCAUGUAUCAGCGAAAGAUAAGGGAACUGGACGUGAACAGCAGAUUGUAAUUCAGUCUUCUGGUGGCCUAAGCAAGGAUGAUAUUGAAAAUAUGGUAAAAAAUGCAGAAAGGUAUGCGGAGGAGGACCGAAGAAGAAAGGAGCUUGUUGAAGCUGUAAAUAAUGCAGAAGGAAUUAUUCACGACACGGAAUCAAAGAUGGAAGAAUUUAAGAGCCAGUUACCUGAAGAUGAGUGCAACAAGCUUAAAGAGGAGAUCAACAAGAUGAAAGAACUUUUGGCUAGAAAAGACCAAGAAACUGGAGAGAGCAUACGACAAGCCUCAUCAUCUCUACAGCAAGCAUCAUUAAACCUCUUUGAAAUUGCAUACAAAAAGAUGGCAUCAGAAAGAGAGGGUUCUGGAGCUGGAGAGCAAAAGGAAGAGCAAAAAGAUAAACAGUAAUU